AGGACAGGCAGAGCUCCGGCAGGAGGCUGUUCACGGAGAGGCAGAGAGAGUCUGUCUGUCUGACACUCAACGCAUCACCGGCGGGGGAGGCUGCACCUUCUGCCCAGGACAGACCUCCUUGAACCAGCCGGGCUCGCCUCCAGUCCGGAGCCCUUCCAUAUGGGCUCACCAUGCGCAGGAUACGGGCCAACGCCAUCGCGAUUCUGACCGUCGCGUGGAUCCUGGGCACGUUUUAUUACCUGUGGCAGGACAACAAGCCGCAGUCGUCGCCGUCGUCGUCGGCGUCGCAGACCCGCGGCAGGGGCCAUGGGCAGAAGGUGGUCCCCGGCCGGCUGGAGAUCCACCGGGACGACAGGACCAUCCCGCUCAUAGUGACGCAGCCCCCGCGGGUGGAGCAGCAGGGCCAGCUGCUGGGCGGCUUCGAUGAGAAGGCCUAUCUGGCUGCUAAGCAGCUAAAGCCGGGAGACGACCCAUACAGAGACCACGCCUUCAACCUGCAGGAGAGCGACCGGCUGGGCAGCGAGCGAGCCAUCAGAGACACCCGACACUACAGGUGUGCGUCUCUGAAAUAUGACACGGACCUUCCCUCCACCAGCAUCAUCAUCACGUUCCACAAUGAGGCUCGCUCCACUCUCCUACGCACCAUCAAGAGUGUCCUGAUGCGAAGUCCUCUCGCUCUGAUUCAAGAAAUAAUCUUGAUCGAUGACUUCAGCUCUGACCCUGAGGACUGCCAGCUGCUCGCUCAGAUCCCCAAAGUGCGCUGCCUGAGGAACGGCAGGAGAGAGGGUCUGAUCCGCUCACGUGUGCGAGGAGCCAACACGGCCUCGGCCUCCAUCUUGACCUUCUUGGACAGCCACUGCGAGGUCAACGCUGAUUGGCUGCAGCCGAUGAUCCAGAGAGUGAAGGAGGAUCAUACGCGAGUGGUCAGCCCCAUUAUUGACGUCAUCAGCCUGGAUAACUUCGCCUAUUUGGCUGCAUCUGCUGACUUGAGAGGAGGCUUUGAUUGGAGUCUCCACUUCAAAUGGGAGCAGAUUCCCAUCGAGCAGAAGAUGGCGAGGAGCGACCCCACGCAGGCGAUCAGGACCCCCGUCAUCGCCGGGGGGAUCUUCGUCAUGGACCGGAGCUGGUUCAACCACCUGGGACAGUACGACACCCACAUGGACAUCUGGGGAGGAGAGAACUUCGAGCUUUCGUUCCGGGUGUGGAUGUGCGGAGGAAGCCUGGAGAUUCUUCCCUGCAGCCGCGUGGGCCACGUGUUCAGGAAGCGGCACCCGUACGACUUCCCAGAAGGCAACGCUCUCACCUACAUUAAGAACACCCGGCGGGCUGCAGAGGUGUGGAUGGACGAGUAUAAACAGUACUACUACUCGGCGCGGCCGUCUGCGCAGGGCAAAGCUUUUGGCAGCAUUGCAGACCGCCUGACGCUGCGGCGGAAGCUGAACUGCAAACCUUUCCGCUGGUACAUGGAGAACGUGUAUCCUGAGCUGAGGGUCCCCGAGCAGGAAGCGGUGUCCAGUGUGCUGAAACAAGGCGGUCUGUGUCUGGAGACUCGUGGGACGGACGCCCUCGGCCUGGCAGAGUGCAAGGGCAUCGGAGCCAACAGGCCGCAGUCGCAGAGAUGGGAACUCAUAGAGCCGCUGCUCCGGCAGCAGGACCUCUGCCUGGCCAUCUCAGCCUUCACAGCGGGGUCAAAGGUCAAGAUGGAGACCUGCAGUACAAAAGAGCCCAGACAGAAGUGGAAGCCUAAAGGCACGGCGCUGCAGCACGUGGUCAGCGGCCUCUGCCUGGACAGUCAGACCCCGGCGGGCCCCCCCAUCAUCACACAGUGUCGCCCCCAGAUGGCCAGCCAGUCCUGGGAGCCACAAAUCAUCACCUGAGCCGCGGCGGUCAGGGGGGGGCAGAGAGAGAGAGGAGCUUGUUCUGGACCCGGCCUGCAGGAGGACUCACGUCUGCACGCUUCCUGUCGCCUCGCUGAGGAAGAAACUUUUUGUGGCGUCGACUUGGAGCUGCUGCUCAUUGGUGACGAGAGCGCCAAAACAUUUGAAGGCCUUGUUGAGGUCUUUCUGUGUACAUCCUUCGAGUUCUUCUACGUAAUCUAAGCUUUUCACAGUUGCACAUCUCACUUUUUAUUUUGUUUCUGUAUCUGUCCUGGUCAACACUUUGCUGAAAUCUGGAGUCGUGAGGACAGAGAGCUGCAGGGAUGAGUCGGCAUUUGACCACUUCCUGUUCCCCCUUGAAGUUGUUGGGUUUUUUGUUAGAUGCCUGAAAUAAAGUCUGUGGUUAAAACAA